ACAAGUACUACGAGGUCUGACGAUGUGAGUAGGUUUUAAAGAGUAUACAGCCCAUUUAAUGGUUCACUCCACCAUUCCGUUACUUUUUUUCUUUUGCAUAUCAAUAUCCCAAAUGUUCAUGCUUACGUUUUGUAUUGACCAUAACAUCUCAGCUAGCAUUUUCUCCGGGUGCAUCCCAGAAAGUGAGGUAGUUGUCUGUAUUCCUUCAAAAAGUAUCUGCAGAGCGCCUGAAGUCUUCCCCAGAGUUUUGGCAGUUGGCCCGAAAUCAAUUAUGGCUCGGUAUUAUGACUACAGAAAACUGAAGCAACUAAUGUACAACAGUGUACGAAAUUUAUGUGCAGCUAUUGAUUUGAUAACCAGUCCCACAAUAUGUAGGAUCUGAUAAGCUAUAGUGAGUGAUGCAUUCUGCAACGAAGUAUAUCACCAUUAGCUUUUCACGCCCAUAGUAUGUCCAGUAAUUUUCUGUAUCAGGAAUCAGUCCCUAGUAUUCAGAAUGUUUGAUUGUUACUGUACUGCAGUAUAACUUUUGUUCUACUUGGAAGUGGCUCAUAUCGAUUGUGCAAGGUGCACCCAAGACAAAAUAUAAAGGAAUGAGACGCACAUAGAACUGCUUUUAACGUGGUGUGCUAGCGUAUUUUUUUAAGAAACUAAAUUUUCUUAAUAAGAUGCUACAGAUAGUUGGAAGGUUACUAAAUUUACAGUUCCAUAGUUACAAGAUGGUUAUUACUCCUAUUGGCCUUUUGGUAGUAAAAAGUGCAAUUGUAACGUGUAUCAGCACACGUAAUUUGGCUCCAACCUGUUGAUUUCUAUACUCCCUUUUAUUUCUCCUAGUACAGCCCUCCUGUCGAAUGUGUGGUGAUGCCGAAGGACUGAUCUGCAUGCACUCCCGUUCCAAAGGUAGGAAGUGAAAUGAUUAGGCGUAUCGCGUACUUCACUUAUUUGGGAAGUUGUACCAACCCUAAAGCACUGAUUACUGACGAAAUCUCAACGUGCAUGCAAAAGACUCGGUUGGCGCUUGUCAGCUUACGUCAUCUCUGACUGUCGGCGAAAGGAAGCAUGUACUGCGCAGCAGUUCGUUCUGUCCUUCUUAAUGACUGUAAUACUUGGCCAUUGAAGGUGGGAUAUUUGGAAAGCGUAGUUGUCUCUGACCACAGAUGUUUGCAUUCGCCUGUGUUGAGGGGCACAGUGUGGUGAGCAAUAUUUAGGUCAGGUAAGGAAGGAAAGUCAGUCGAGGAGGUUGUGAUGAAUCUAUUGAGAUCAGCAAUGCUAGCCGACAAAGGAUUAAUUAAGAAAUGUUAUGGGUGAUCAAACCGAAGUCUAACAUUAAAUCAUGAAGAUUCUAACAGUUGGUUUGAGCAACACGGGGAAAUGUAGAUCGCUUGCUUAGUCCUCGAGACGCUGAGAAUAGAUGACUGGAAGCUACUGGCGAUAUGGCUCAGUAGCUCAGAUACUCUCUUUGUAAUUUGCAUGGUCCAUCGGAUCCUGAUGCUUCUCCAUGUUACUAUUCUCUCUCCUAUACCUUUCUGCUUAUUAUAGUCCUUUUAAACUUUUUUUCUCUUUUGUGUGCUAUGUUUGGCAACAUUAACUGUAUUUCUUUGGAAAGUUCUAUGUUCACACUUACUCAUUCCGAUAAGUAUUCUUCCUCUACAAGGCCGUUUGAAAUUCUUUGCAGGUGCUUAAUGCUUGAUUUAGAUGUUGCCUUAAGGCUGCAUCUAUACGAAAGUCGAGCGAAGGUUACCUAGAUAGUGUCUCAUAACCUUGGUUUUCAAUGUACGUCCGAAAGACUUACAAUAUUUCACAGUUACCAGUUUUGUCUCAGGCUUUCGUGCUCUCCAUUAAUUAAGAUUGCCUCAUACUCUAAUUCAGUGAACAUCUAAGCUGUCUCAUCCCUUCUUAUGCUUGUAGGAGCUACCGUGAUACGUAAACUAAUAUUUUCGUUAUUCAGUUGACACCAACUAUUUCAGACAAGGAUAGUCGAUGGUUGUCCUCGUAGUUUCCUUCUAAAUACCUCCCCUAUGUCACGAUCAUCCACAUAACUUUGUUUUACAAUUGCUGACACAGUCAUAUCCCGUCCGAUUUGUGGUGACAAUUUAAGCACGUGUUUCAUACGAAUUAACGGACGGCAGACUCAUCAUAAAUAUUGUUUACAUGGUAUAUCGCUCGGUUAGUUGAAUUCGAUAGCAGCCUCAGCUAAUGAUGUAUUCCUCUGUUAUAAAUCUAUGCUAGUUAAGAAUACGCAGUUAUAAGUGCACUUGUAGCAAGAGAUCACAAUUAUGAGUGUAUUGAACGUGAAUUUGUAAGAUGCAAACCUCUCUCUACUCGUUCGUUAAUGUUGUCUGAUGUAAAAACAAACAAAGAAAACUAAUCCUUAAAAACCAACCACAGAAAAUUAAUCUGAUGCUCGCUAGUGACUUGCUACAGGAUGGAAUUUCCUGGAGUUCUAGUGAGAAGUCGUGACCAGUGAGGUCCAUCCAGUCACGUGUGAGGAUGGAUGUCCCACCGACGACAUUGGUUGGGGCCGCGCUAAGUCAAGGAUUGGUAGAAGUUAGAAUUCAUGAGCCAUUGAAUCGGGUCCCAGUGGCUGAAUAGUAUACGAGCUUGCCUUGUAACCGGGCGGCCCUGGGUUCGACCCCCAGUGGGUGCGUACUGUUGAUGAUUCCCAAACUAGGACGAAACAGCUGUCCAGCACUUCCUGGUUUUCAAUGGUUCUCUAACUGAUAUCAGUCCGUGAUCAACUCGUAUAAAAGCAAAACUAAUCCUUACAAACCAACCAUUGAAAAAAAUAUUUAUAACUUGAGCUCAUGCUUCCUACUGCUCAGUCUGUGGUCAGCUGAUUAUCAGUUAUUCUUAGUUCUUACGGUAAUAUUUAUCCAAAUACCUCACAUGCAACUGUUUGUCGGUAUUCAAUCAACUAAUGCACUGAUAUAAAACUGACAAUUGGUUAUCGAAUUCUUACAAACUCUGCCCCAUUCAGAAAUUACAAGUUGUGUGUUCAACAAAUAUAUUCAUGAGACAAGAUUUUAUGUGGUUACAACUGUAAAGGUGUCAGAAAUACGACUGUUAAUAAACUGUGGAUAUUAAAAAUAGUAUAGUAUAGUUUGGGACACAUUCUCAUAAGUACAGUGUGCUACUCUGUGGAUUCGAAUCGUUGAACCAGUUGGCACAACUGACAUUUUCUAAGCCUUCGCUGAAAAAGGGAAUGCAGAAUCACUAUAGAUGGAAUUAUUCUUUACGGAUAUCUUAAUUCUGUUACACCCUAUUACAACAAGUAGGAUAAGUUCGUUGUAGGAUCUCAAUGUUUGGUUUGUUGGUAAACUUCUUCUGAUACAUAAAUGGGGAAUGACACAAAGGUCGAUAAAGAGUCGAUGAACGUUUUGCCGAACAUUGUAUCGCUACACGUUUUUGCAAUGGAUAGUUGUAAUUGUUUUGAAAGCUGACCUCCUAUUAGUAAACAGUUUCUGGUUGCUAGUUAUAACAAUCAAAGUGGGGAAUUUAUUGUCGGUUGUUUGGGUUGGAAGUGAAUAGACAUUUGUUUGUUGGUGGAAAUUUGUGUCCGAAUGAACGAAGAAUAAAACUGGAUUAUUUCUACUGACAUUUCACUGCCUCCCGAUGCUACGCUAGGGAUCUGUAUUAUUUCGAAGACAAAGAGGUAUAUUACUGUGUAUUAAUGAGCCUAAACAACCUACGGGUGGUGGGACUCUGGUGGGGAAGGUGUUUAGGUUGUUUGAAGGAGUCUAAUUAUCUUCUAUAUCAUUCAAUUUUGAGUAGUGUGCAGGUGAGAUGCGUUGAAUUAGGAGAUCUCUUGUUUAGAAGAGGUCACCACCUGUCAGUAAUUGACUUCCCAUUGUUACAUGAGUUUUGGUUGCUUGUGAUUAUAUUCUUGACAUUGUCUUGACAAAGUCCGUAAGAUGUGUACUGUUUUAUGGUAGUCGUGGUACUGGUUGGGGUGGGAGUUGGAAGACAACUGAUCUUGUAUGUGUGAUGUAAGACUAUACGAGGUGGGAUAAUUGUGCUGCAUGUAGUUUUGUUAAUUGAUUGUACCUGAGUUACUGAGUGGGUGAUUCUGAGAAUUGACUGUUGUAAUCCUGAUAGUCCCAUCGAGUUGGGCGAUUCCUCUGUACAUGGCUGAACUGGACAGUUUCCGUGGAUUGUUGUUGUGUUUUGUUGUGACUACUCCUAAAUCUAUGGGCUAAUCCCAUUUCAGCUAACACUAUAUUGAGGACGGUGGUGGUUUAACAUGCGUGGUACGUGUCCUAGCCAUAUUGAUCGGUGUAGCUGCAAAAACUGACUGAUCGUAUUUUCCUACUUAUCUUCCGGGUUUAUGUCUGACUUGAUUGUUACUAGCCAUACCGCCUCACCUAAGGUGAAGAAAUGAAGGUAACCACCUAAGGUACAUAACAUGAUAUUUCCAUGUCUUCCGUUUCGAUAGCCAUAGUCUCCAUCUGAAGGUAAGGGCAUUCCGAACGGCCACGUAGUGGACUCGUGCUUUACUGGGUAACUGGAAAUCACGCAUCUACCAAAGGUGACAGGUUGGCAAAUACUAAACAAACCUUCGUGAUUAUCCUGUCCAAGUGGGCCGACAAAAUAUGUGGAGUCGAAGUAGUCAGCAUAUUUUACCAUUUUAUUGUCUAGUCUUAGAUGAGUUGGUUUAGACCAAUCUAGUACCACGAUUUUACACUUGAUAUUGACACUUAAUUCAUAUUCAAAUUUUUUCUGUGUUUUGAAAAGAUUUCAUUUCGCUAGCGUCUACACGUGGAAGGACUGAAUCAUGUGCGUACUGUAAAAAUAUAGUACUUUUCCUUGAAAGAGACAUCAGAUGUAGAUCGAAUUUGAGACCAGUGACUAUCGUGUUGUACUCCUUUUUAUUUUUAUCAUCGGAAGUAGUACGAAGCGAUGGACAUUCCUUUAAAUGUUUCCUGGAAUGGUUGGUCGUUUCUGUUUGUUUUUUGUAGAUUUUUAUUUGUUUAUCCUGUAUUUCUACUUUUGUGUUGUCCAUUUAUGAUGAUGUACAAGGUGUAUGUUUAAAUAAGUGUUAAUACUUUUCCGAGUUAACUUUCAAACACAACAACGAAAAUAUCCUUACCUUCUGGUGACUUUAUAUUUUCCAAAGUGUGAAUACUUCUGAAAUUUUAGUACAUCAUUCUUGUAUUUUGUUUUUCUUGUGGUUUUAAGGCAUGUACUUAAGUAAGUUGUGUUGGGUAACAUUUUUCUAAUAAUUUAAAAAUUCCCAUCUACAUAUUGAAUAAGAACAGCAUAUUGAGUGAAGUAUAUUACUUCUCAGUUGGUUUCUAAUCAACGACUGUACGCCAAUAUAUAGCUAUACAUUAAAAUUAUUACAUCAAUUGUGUAAUAAUUGUGGAAGUGGUUUUGAAUUCUCUAAUUAUUUUUACCUUUCCUGAACCUCAAAAGUUAUUAUUUUAAUUGAUCGGCAUAACUUUUAUGUGUAACAUUUUUAAUCGGAGUAAAAUGCCACCUACUUUUUGUGUAUGUAGACUUCAUCGUUAGAUAAUUGACAAAUUUUAGACAGUAUUCGAUGUAUAAAAACAUAAAGAUUCGUCAAGUAUAAUCAUAGGUUUUAUACAGUGUCACUUAACUUUUAAACUAAAGCAGUCUGAAUAUAUAGUGUUGUUUUUGAAUUUCGGAGGUUAUCGUAUACCAACAGAACAACAAGUAUUUUUAUUUAAUUUUUUACCAACUAAAUUAUAGUAUAGUGACUCAUUUGUCUGGGUAUCUUUAAGAGAAUAUAUGUCUCAUCACUUGUUGCGAAGCUAAGCAUCUCUGUGGUAUAUUUUCUGUGUAGGGUGAUUAGUAGUAACCUGAAGCAGAUAAACAUAUGUGUCGUAUGCUGUUUACAAUUUAUGAAUUGAGUGACAAUAAAUCCCUUACGAGAAGGUCACUUGACAUCAGUUUUUAAAAUUUCAAUGUCAGUAACUCUGUUUAUAACCCUACUGAAUAUGUUAGUUUGGUCAGUUUACAUGUACUAGAUCAUGCAAAACACAUGAAUAGGAGUUGAUGAUACUACCCAGUCGUUCAUUCUGAAGCAGUAGGAGCGGGAUUCAAACUGUGGGCUCACUGACUGAAUGUGGUACUAUAGCCAAUGAGCAUCAUCUACUAAAUGCGGAAAUCAAAUUAAUAAAUAAAUUAAUAAAUUACAAUUCAGCGCGUGAGAUGUGUCUAAUUGUAGACAAUAUGGUGUAUGUUACGAUUGACUUACUGCAUUUGCACACCUUACGUCACCAAUCUCUAUCUUGCUUGCGUGUUUAACACAUUGAUGUGUCACAAAACUCUUCCAGUUGUAACCAAUCGGUUUGUAGUUGUAGACUUGUGAAUAUUAAUGAGGUUAAAUUAUUCACCUUGUUGCAUACUAAGUAUUCAGAUUUGUUUUCACUACUUUUCUCAUGUUUCGGCAAUCAACAGAUAACAGUUCAGGUGUUUCUCUGUCAAGUGUUCAAUCGAGAACAUCCACACUAACUAGUCAAUCAAAUAAGAAAAACAAAUUACCUUAUCGUAUUUUCGGUAGUGUUCAAAAAUGGGCUUUUAAAUCUUCCAGUCAAAAAACGUCUCAUAUAUCAAGUAUUUCUUCACUAAAUUCAUCUCGAUUAUUAAAUGAUGACGACUUGAAUCAGACAUGUGAUUUAGCAUCUUUCACUAUAUCUGAGCGCGGGGAAAGCAUUGUAUCUGAAGUCAUUCGUAACAGAAAAGAACUGGAAUCGUUGGUUUGUACCCAUUCUGAUAUGCGCAGUCAGGAAGAAGCAUCUCUAGAUGCAGGUGUUGUUCAUUGUUAUAUAUCCGCUUUAGAAAUGGCUGAGUUGGAAAUGCGUAGUCAUGCCCCUGUAGAUCCUAGUUCAAAAUCACAAAUGGGACAGGUUAAUCAUUCGAGAAACAGUUUAAGUCGUAUACUUAGUGUUCGUAAUCCAUAUAGGAGAAUGCGAUUACUGAACAAUGUACCCUGUGUUUUGAUGACCAAUAAAAAUAUGUUGAAUUCGAAUAUUGAAGAAGAUGCAAGGCUUGGAUUUGCCAAUUUACCUGAACAAAUGCAUAGAAAAGCUGUUAAAAAGGGUUUUAAUUUUACGCUAAUGGUUGUUGGUGAAAGUGGUCUUGGCAAAUCAACGCUUAUUAAUAGCUUAUUUGUUCAAGAUCUAUACAAAGAUAGAGAGAUCAUUGAAGCGAAUAGUCGUAUUCAAAGAACAACUCAGAUUGAAAAGCGUCAGAUCGAAUUAGAUGAACGCGGUGUCAAAUUACGUCUAACAGUUGUGGAUACUCCUGGUUUUGGAGAUGCUGUAAAUCGAACUGAUUGUUGGAAACCAAUAGAGGAUUACAUAGAUAGCACUUUUGAACAAUAUUUCAAGGAUGAAUGUGGCUUAAAUCGUAAAAAUAUUCACGAUCAUCGUGUUCACUGUUGUCUUUAUUUCAUCUCACCCUAUGGUCAUGGCUUACGGCCUAUAGAUGUGGAAUUCAUGCGUCGACUUCAACAUAAAGUGAAUAUUGUCCCGGUGAUAGCUAAAGCCGAUGCUUUAACUGCAAAUGAAUUACGUGCAUUCAAAGAACGCAUUAUGGCAGAUUUUGAUCGUUACAAAAUUGAUAUUUAUCGUCUACCAGAGUGUGAUAGUGAUGAAGAAGAUGAAAUUAAACGCUUAGAUAAAGAAAUUAAGGCUGUUCUGCCUUUUGCUGUAGUUGGCAGUAACUGUGUUAUUGACUUGGAUGGUAGUCGACGAAGCCGUGGUAGGCAAUAUCCUUGGGGAUCAGUUGAAGUAGAAAAUAGUCGUCAUUGUGACUUCAGCAAAUUGCGCAUAUUUUUACUGAAAACACAUAUGCAGGAUUUAAAAGACAUGACAUUGGAUGUUCAUUAUGAAAAUUAUCGGGCGAAAUAUAUCACUGAACGAAUGUCCAAACGCCACAACGAUCGUCGUGAUGGUGCUGUCACUGGAGCAUUAGCAAGACUGGAAAAAGAAGGUGGUGCUAGCUUUGAGGCUAUCGUUGAUCAAGACAGUUUAUUAAAACAAAAAGAAGAAGAGCUUCAAAGGAUGCAACAACUUAUGAAUAAAAUGCAAGAGCAAUUGAAACGUAACACAAACAUUGCUAUGAAUGCAACAGCCGGAAUGAAUAAUGGUACAAAUAGCAUUCAGCCUUCUGCAACCAAUCCACAAGCAUCAUGAAGACAAACAAACACAUCGAUGAAUAAGGUGUUGAAAUCUCUUCUUAUCUAUAUAUUAUAUGGGAUGAAAUCGAUGAAGAAAUAAAAACCAACAAACAAAUAGGAACUACUUCCAGUAUACACCUAUAACUGCUUUUAUUUUCGCUUCCUUUCGCUUAUAAUUUUGCUCUCCAGUGAAAAUAACUCAAAUCUUGUUUUAUGUUUGUUGAUAAGACUUAUUGAGUUAUUUGCUGUUGUUUCUUUUUUUUUUUUACUGCAUUUGCAUUUCUUUUAAGCUUAACUUGCAAACUACUAGUCAAUCUGUCGUAUAAUUUUUUUUUAUCGUUUUCCUUGUUUAUCAUCUGAUUUCAAUUGUCCAGUUCACAUACUACAUUGCACAAAUGGUGUGUAAUCAUUCAGCAAAAUAAAUGUAUUAUUUACAACUCCUUUUUGUAAUGGAUAGCUUUUUCCCUCCUCAAAUAGGACGAAUAAUUCAUGAGACCGCCUCAUCAUUACGUGUUACGAGUUUGUAUGUUGUGCUAAAAUUUUAAUAAUUUUAUAUGAUUUAAUGUACCAGGUUGAAACCUUGGGUUCUCUUACCUCAUGGUUUACUGCUCUAAUAUAUUUAUUAAUUAC